AUGCAAGUCGAAUUCCCAUUGUCUUAUGAACACGUUAGCAGAACGAAACGGCGAAUUCGACGAACGGAGCCCCAGAAAAAGAUGGUGGCGAUAUCGAUGUAUAGAGGCAACCUUCACAAAGUUCCCGACGUGCCUCGCCGGUGGAUAAUGCCGGACCGUAAUCUCUCUGUCAAGGACUUCAAAUCUCUCCUUCAUCGCCGUAAACGAGCUCUUUCUCGUCUAUCCCUUACCUCGAACCCUAACCUGAGCCUUAACGUCAAAACUGAGCUGGUUACAAAUCAGGAGGAUGCGAUUCCGUCUGAACGUCCCGGUUCGUCUGGGAAGCAGAAGCUUGUUGAGGUGAAGAGAGAGGAGAUUGGUGUGAAUCGAGUUAGGGGAGAUGAUAAUGACAGAUUUGAUGGCUUCCAAGUAGCUCGACUAGGUGGAUCGGACGGUGGAGAUCGUUCUGGGAGAGUGACGGAAUUGCUAUCGAAUCAGGAAACCGAGAAUGUGCCACACGAGGACGCGGCGAAAGAAAAGGCCGAGGCAAAUGAAACAGCUAAAGAAGUACCAAGCGAAAUAGAGAAAAAACAGAGAGAAGUGGAGGAGAGGUUACAAGUGUUGAAUGCAAAGAAACACAAUCUAGUCCAAGUGCUUAAGCAGAUUUUGAAUGCGGAGGAAGAACUAAAAAGGCGCAGCAUCCUGCAGCAACAAGGAACAACGGCGACUCGUCCUUCUCUUCCACUCCAUGUGGAUGUCUCUAAUGACUCAGGAGGUAAUAAUGCUGGUGCUCACAUGGAAGGCGGAGAAACCGACGAUGCAGGAAACCAUAAUAAUGCUCAAACUCGCACUGUUCUUCGACUAUGCGGAGCUUCUUCAUCAUCUGAGUCUCCUCUCAGAAGAGCAGCUGCCUUUUCGCAACACAAUAUGGUUCCGCAUCCUUCUCGAUGGAGCCCGCGAGUAGGUCCUGGGAAUCCGAGUUCUGCAGCAGCAGCAGUCACUGUUUCUGCAACAGGAACAAACUACAUAGCUUCAUCUCCUUCACCAGCUGGUUCUGGUGGCACUUCUGUUUUCAGAGAAACACGGCUACAGAGUCCAUGGAAUUAGCAGCUUCUUCUCUUCUAUCACUGCACUAACUUAAGCUUCUCUUUUUUUUUUUGUAGCUGUGAAAAGAAAACUAAUGUGAGAUGUUCGAAAACGUGUUUAUAUCGAUUCAUGUAUAAAAUAUGAUGUUUUCAGAGUCAUCCACAUCAUCUUUUACCUCAUAGUACUCU